GGUAUGCCCCCGUAAGUUUAGUAUGAUUUAAAUGAAAUUGCUUACCUUCAUCAUACAUUUUAUCUACAGUAUAGGUACAUUUUAUACAUUAUAGUCAGUUUUAGCAGUAAAAAUUAGAUAAAAUGUUUGUGUUGAAUUAGGAAUUUAGAUAUCGCGUAUUUAUUUUAUUAUUAUGUUAAAAUUUCAUAUAAAUGGUGGUAUAGUUUGAAGAAUAUUUUAAUAGGUAUAACACGUGGAAAAAAUAUAUUGGUCACCAUGUCAGCAGAAGAAUUGGAUCAGUAUUAUGAAACGGCUGUUGCUUUGGGGAUGCAGCUGGGGACAAUAAUCAAAAAAACUGCUUUAUUAAGGAACAAAUCCACUUCCACCAAACUAAAUAGAACAGACUUAGUAACCGAUACAGACAAACAAAUAGAGCAACUUCUCAUCAGCACCAUCAGCCAAGAGUAUCCCAACCACAAAGUUAUUGGAGAAGAAUCAACGUUUGAAGGUGCAGAAUGUACCCUCACAGAUGCACCAACCUGGAUUGUAGACCCAAUAGACGGAACCAUGAACUUUGUCCAUUCAUUUCCUCAUUCUUGUAUUUCAAUAGCUGUGUUUGUCAACAAAGAACCUGAGAUUGGAAUUAUAUAUAAUCCUCAUUUGGACCAAUUCUUCUCGGCAAGGAGAGGAAAAGGUGCCUUUUUAAAUGGCAAAUCUAUAAGCGUGUCUGAUACGAAAACGAUGGCUGAUGCUUUAGUCUUAACAGAGAGUUUUGCUCGGAAAGAUUCCAUCAAAGAAAAAGUAAUUUUGGAGAAUUAUAAGAUGUUAAUGCGCGAAACUCAUGGAGUGAGAUCGCUAGGUUCGGCAGCUAUAGACAUGUGUAUGGUAGCCUGUGGAGCAGCCGACGCUUACUAUCAGUACAAACUCAAUAUUUGGGAUAUAGCAGCAGGUGAACUCAUCGUAAAAGAAGCAGGAGGUGUCGUGCUUGAUACUGAUGGCAGUCCCUUGAACCGAUUCGCAAUGAGAGUAUUAACGGCAAAUUCAGAAGAAGUAGCUCAAGCCAUCGCGAAGAAGUUAGUACAGUACGAUCCUAUUACUGAUCAAUAAAUUUGAAUUAAAUAUAACUAAUACAUAUUUUAGUGUAUUAUCUAAUGUCAUAAUGUCUAAUAAAUUUUCCUUUGUUAUUUCUCCCCCACA